CCAGAGUCGUGCGAGUCACGGUCAUCGCAUUCAAGUGUUCGUAUGUCAUCUAUCGUCUGCGGGCGACCAGAAGGCGUACCGCAUGAUGUCUAGCCUCUCACCAGUUGGGACGGCAGGCUUCAUGCGUAGACCCUUCCGGCCCGACUGCAGACGACAGACGACCAACAGACGCACAAUACUGUACACACACGCCGAUACCACGACAGAGAAUCAGCCUUUUAUCUCACUUCUAUACAGGCGCACACGCCCACAACGCACCUGUUCUUCGAUCUGUGUCGUGUUCGAUGGAACCUGCCUACCAUGUUCUGGCUCUGACUGGGUCAAUCAGCACCAGGGAACGUUCGAGCAGCUGGCUGUCAUUGAACACAUCCCGCCCGACCGACACGCAACGAUAGAGCACGAACAUCACACAAAUGAGCCAAGACACUCGGAAAAAUACAUACGAAGACAUGUGGACACCACUCAGGCCAGAGAAACCGCCGCCAUCUUCUCUCUCCUCAUGCGGCCCUCGGCAUGGUCGGCAGCAUCAUCAUGGCGUGUUGUACAGUGACCAGCAGCACGAGCCUCCGAUACAUGCUCAGCGUCACACCCCACUUAAACAGCGUGCCGGGACCGAACUGCAGCACGAUGCUGUCCGACCAGCCGUCGGGCAGGCCCCGCAUACGGUACGCAGGCCAGUUCUCGGGCGGCCGGGGCUCCACCCCGGUAUGCUCUCCUCUCCUCUCACCAGACAGCCCACCUGACACAGCACACCACAGACAAGGCGCGAAAUCCGCCGUCGCGAUGGCGCAUGCGUGUGUCGUUGUGAUGUCAGUUGUGAUGUCAGUCCCACUCUCUCUUAUCAGUACGGAGCUCACCUCUGAUGGCGAGUGUCUGCAUGUCGCGCAGCCAGGGUAUGCCCUCCUCGCGAGAAGCGAACAGCAGGCCCACCGCACGGAUGGAGGGAGAUGGGAUCCGGCCGCUGUGGAAGGGGGAGGGCGCAGCGAACAGAGAAGACAGCAGUGAAUAACGGGCGUCCUGCCACACGACCUGAAGACGGACACACAAAACAUCAAACAACAUCAAGAACGAAAAACGAUGAGACUUUCUCUCUGCGUUUGCGUACCAUAGCCCAGGAGUCAUCAUCGGGCGGACGCCCCAAAGGCAGCGGCACAGGGACCGGCGGCCGCUCCCUCCUCCCAUCAGCCACCUCCCACCGACACAACUCAUUCGCCCAGCCGUCGUACCACACAGACUCAUGGCCAGCCACACUCGCUGAUGACGGUGCGUCGGUGGGCGGCUGGGGGAGGGGGUGAGUUGACAGCGGCAGGAGGGGACGUGUCAUCGAUGAGGGUGCCUCUGUGGAGGGGGGGGAGGGGGUGUGGGAGGCUGUGGGGGGGUCGAUGAAUGCGAGCAGCGACGAACGGGUGAGAACAAGGUAACGCGCCUGAGGGAAGGAAAGACGGAAACCAAGUGGCACAUGUCAUGUUUGUCACAUCCAUCGACUCUCGCUCUUGCUCGUCGUACCUUGGAGCGCACUCGCUGCCCAUUCCUCAUCCGCCUGAUGUCGGCGGCGAUGCCCUCACGCACCUCAUACACGUCGUCGCCGUCCUUGGCGCCAUACACCGACACCCAGCCCUCCCUCACGACCUGGCUCCCGUCCAGCGACACUCGGCGCCUUGUUCGAGGCCACAAGCGGCCGACCACCGACCACCAAGCGCCGUGCAGGCAGUCCCACGGCGAGCAAGGGCGCUCAGCUUCAGUCGUCAU